GCUUACAUCUACGUCUAUCAAUUGUCAAUGGUCAUUGGUUAUUUAUUUAGAAAAUUUGUUGUGAAUAACAAAUAAGCAAGAUAUGUAAAAACAAAUGUAAAAUAAAUUGAGUUAAUUUUGAUUUGAAUAAACUCAUAUUUUCUUCUCCGAAUUAAAUAUUUACUCUAUUUCACUAUGUCUUCAGGAUCUAAAGUUCCUGAUGAUGCGUCGGCUGGAUCAAUUUCUAGUUCUAGUGAUAGUACAGCUGGAAUGAGUAUGGAUCAUUUACGACGGUACCUAGCCGAGAAGCUAGGGUUUUACGAUAAAGAAGACCAGGCAGAUUCAGAAAAAGUGAAGGUAUUAGAUAAUGUUAGUGUAGAUGGUGUUAUCGAUUAUAUAAAGAAUAGAAAUUGUAAAAAUAUCAUCACGAUGGCUGGAGCUGGAAUAUCAACCUCUGCUGGUAUUCCAGAUUUUCGAUCACCAGGUACUGGUCUUUACCACAAUCUGCAGAAAUAUAACUUACCUCAUCCACAAGCAAUUUUUGAGCUAGAUUUUUUCCUGGAAAAUCCAAAACCUUUUUUUGAAUUGGCUAAGGAAUUAUAUCCUGGUACAUUCAAACCCACAAUAUCUCACUAUUUCAUAAAAAUGUUACAUGACAAAGGCAUGCUUCUACGGCAUUACACCCAAAAUAUAGAUACUCUUGAGAGAGCUACUGGAUUACCAGGAGACAAAAUUGUAGAGGCUCACGGAACAUUUCACACAGGGCACUGUUUGAAGUGCAGAGAAGAAUAUACACAAGACUGGAUAAAAGAAAAGAUUUUUGAAAACGACAUCCCAAUCUGUGAAAAAUGCCCUGGAAUUGUAAAACCAGAUAUAGUAUUUUUCGGAGAAUCUUUACCAACCAAAUUUCACACUCUACUUGUUGAAGACUUCAAAAAGUGUGAUCUGCUUAUUAUUUUGGGAUCUUCUCUAGCUGUUCAGCCAUUUGCAUCUUUAGUAGACAGAGUAUCAUCAAAUAUACCCAGACUGUUGAUUAACCGGGAAAAGGCCGGCCACCGUUCCGGAGUAAUGGCUCUGCUUGGUAUUGGUGGAGGAAUGGACUUUGACUCUGAGGAUAACUCUAGAGAUGUGUUAUGGCUGGGAGAUUGUGAUGAAGGUUGUGGCCUUCUGGCAGAUAAGUUAGGAUGGGGUGAUGAAUUGAGAGAAUUGUGUGAAAAAGAACAUGAAAGGAUUCAGAAGGAGGCUGAGAAGGAAAAGAAAAAAGUCAAGGAGGAAAAGACUGAAAAAGAGGAAGAGUUGGUAGAGGAGGUACUCCAAAAACUUUGAAUGAAAUUAAAAAAAAAUGAACGUUCUGUGUCAAAAACGUUUUAUUAUAAGUUACAAAUAAAUAAAAUCGUUGAUAUUACAA